GUGACUGUGGAGGGAGUGAUGACUAUGAUUGCAUACCUGGAUCUCUUCUUGUGCAGCUUUUCAGAGCCAAUCCUCCUCAAGAUUUUCCUCCACUUCAUUUUGCUGCACCAACACGAGAAUAUCCUGAAUACACUUACCACCAGAAUCAGAACAACAUUCUGGCUGACAAUGUUCAUCAUUUUCUGGCUCUGUGUGGUCUCCUUGGCAUUGUUCAGAAUGCUCAUUGGCUUGCAUUGUGAAGAUGUGACGUUACAGCUAGUUCUAAGGUAUCUAAUCCGAAGCAACCACAUGAUGCUGAGCCAGAAGCACGCUGUGAAAGAGAGAGACUGUCACCCUGCUGCAAAACUGCUGGGCCUGACACCUCUGUGCUGCUCCAGCACUUUGACACUUGAAAGCCAAGGAAACUACUAUAUUCUCUGGACAAAGCCAGCACUAAAGUCGUCUUCUUUACUUCCAGAUCCUGGUAGAUGCUCUUCUGAAUCCGCUUGCAUUGUGGAAUAUGGAAGGGCUGUGGACAUCAGCUACUUGCAGUACCUGGGGGAAGCUCAAGAAGCCAUCAUGCAGUGCAUGAAAGACUGUAAGGUUUGGUCUGCCUUGUAUGAUGGAGCAAAUCCUGAUCCAGACACCUUUAUCCAGACACUUGCAGAGGAGAACAGUACAGAUGUGGAGCACCCCAUGUUUCAGCUCCAGCAAAGGACACCUAGCACAUGUAGCUUUGCACAAGCAGCUCCAUUCAGUGGCAAAAUGCAGCUGGAGCUAGAAUGGGAUGAUAGCUAUGGCAUAGGCAUAUCUCCUGGCUCUAAUGUGAGCUCACCACAACCAUAUGAUGUUAGCACAGAAAUGCAGCAACCUGCAAAGCCAUCAAAACACAUUCAAGAAAUUGUCAUCAAAGGCUCUUACACAGAGGAGUCAGACUUUCAGGAUGAUGUUAUGUUUUACAGGUUAUGUGACCAGAGAGAUACUCAAGAUGAUGACAGCUCCAAGGAGAAACCUUUAAAUGUAGCCAGAGAACACAAGAUGCAGAGCCAGACCAUAGUCAAUGGGUGUCUUGCAAAGACUCACCUGGAAAUGGACUUGGAUGAGCACAGUAAGAGAAAUUCAAGCUCAACUAAAGGUGUAAUUAAAGAACAAAUAAACCAGAAAAUGACUGAGAUUGAUCCACAGCCAGACUUAAAGAUUUCUUCUCAGAAAGAAGAUUGCAACUUAAAUGUAAAACUGCUGAGCACAGAUGGUGAGGAUUUCAUUGCACAGUAUGAUGGAAUUAUUAAGGAAUUGGAUCCAAACUGUGUACGCUUGGAGGAGCAGAAGUUGGAUGCUCCUGAUCAUGUCUCUCCAGCAGAGGAAGAGGAGGACUCUCAGCAUUUCUCAGCAGAUACCCCUUCUGCAGAGAGCAUAUCAUCUCCCUUUGGACCAAAGGAGGAUGUCUCUCCCAAGCGCCCUCCAAGGAGCCAGAGUGCACAGUUUACAGGUGGAAUGUCCUGUUAA